GCUGCAGACGGGAGGCGGAGAAGGCGGGAGGGGGGGAUGCUGCGGCGUCCUAUCAACAGUGUCUUCCGUCCAGGCACAGCCUCUGGCUGCCUCAUUUUGGAAACAGAAAGAAAGGACCUGAAGGAUGAACAGAUCUGCACCCUAACUUCGGGACCACCUCCAUCGAUGGACUAUAAGAAACUGUCAGAAGAAAUCUCUAAGAAAAUGCUGCCGUACUUAAAGGAUGCAUCAGGAUGGAAACAGAUUAAAAAAGGAAAACUUAUUACGGUGUCAAUGAGACCUUCAACAGACUACCUAGGAAAUACAUACCGCGUGGAAGCCACGAUAGAACAACUGCCUGAGAAAGUUUUUCCGUUUAUAUAUCUUCCCGAAUAUCGUGCCAAGUGGGACAAAUCACUGCAGUCGUACAAGGUUGUCGACACCAUUGAUCAGGACACUGCUAUUUAUCACAGCAUCACGCACAGCUAUGGCUUUGGGCUGGUGCCACCAAGAGAUUUCGUCUACAUGGUGCAUAUAAAAAAAUACAACGGGAUUCUUACUACAAAUUCUACCAGCGUGAAUCAUCCCAAAUGCCCUCCAUGUCAGUCUUACAUUCGCGGUCAGGCCUAUCCUUCUGGUUUUGCAUGUAGCCCCUCACCUGAAAAUCCACAGCACUGCAAGAUGGUGGCCGUUAUCCAGGUGGACUUAGGAGGAAAGCUGCUCCCUUCGGUGAUACAGUCGGUCAUGCCGACCAGCCUCGUUAACUUGAUCACAGACAUCAGAGCUGGCAUUAAGAAACUGAAGUAAUCAGAUGCCCCCCAAAUGCAGACCGGAGAGUGGAAGGAAGGUUAUUCUUGGUUAACAUGUGUGCAGCUGUCACUGAAGUCUGGUUUGAUUUAAAGGCUUAAAGGGAACAUGUUCAGCAGGGGCCACCAUGAAGCCGGCUAAAGGUCCAUCGAAUCCGCCAUUUUGCCUUCAAAAGUAGCCACAUAAGAUACACCGAGGAAGUUCUCAAACUGUGUUUCAUGGAGACGGCCACUCGCUGAAGACAUUAGGGAAAACACAAGUGUGUAGUCAUGCCAACUUAUGCCUGCUUUCAGAGGAAACCAUGACUUCUUUUUUCCUCUCUCAAUAAUUUUUUUUAUUAACCUC